AUUCCUGAAGAGCAUUACACAGACAUCCCAUCCCAGGCCUCCAGCCACAGCAACCACGACUCAUUUCCCCUGGAACUGAGGCUGCAUACCUGGGCUCUCCAGGGCGGGGGAUGUUGCAGGGAGGGAAAUCCCACCUGCUGUGAGUCACCUGCUAGUAGAAAGGGCGGGUCUUAAAAUGCAGGGACCUUAAAGAGAGACUCCCAGACACGGGGAGGAAAACAACAGGAAGCAGCUCAGAGACCCAGUGAACAGAGAGGCCCAGGACAGAGAAGAGCAGGCUCGGAGCGAGGGGAAGUGGGCAGGGAUCACACAGGGCCCUGUGCAGCACAAAGCCGACUGGUAAGAAGCCAUGGGGAUCCUGGGGAGUAGAGCCCUGCUGCUGGCGCUGCUGGUCUGCCCCAUGCAGGGCCAGACUGUGCCUGAGCAUAGCCGCCCCGCCUGGGAUCAGUGCCAGCAGCUCUCCCAGAAGCUCUGCAUACUGGCCUGGAGUGCACACCCACCAAUGGGACACGUGGAACUACCAAGAGAAGAGGGAGAUGAUGAGACUACAAAUGAGGCCCCCCAUAUCCAGUGUGCAGAUGGCUGUGAUCCCCAAGGACUCAGGGAGAACAGCCAGUCCUGCUUGCAAAGGAUCCACCAGGGCCUGGUCUUUUACGAGAGGUUGCUGGGCUCAGACAUUUUCACAGGGGAGCCUGCUCUACUCCCUGAUGGCCCAGUAGGCCAGCUUCACGCCUCCUUACUAGGCCUCAGGCAACUCUUGCAGCCAGAGGGUCACCACUGGGAGACUGAGCGGACUUCAAGUCCCAGUGCCAGCCAGCCGUGGCAGCGCCUCCUUCUCCGCCUCAAGAUCCUUCGCAGCCUGCAGGCCUUUAUAGCUGCAGCCACCCGGGUCUUUGCCCAUGGAGCAACUCUGAGCCCCUAAGGCUGACAGCUUCAGGGUGGCACCCACAUCUCCAUGGCUCAGCAAUGCCAAGGUGCCAUCUAUCAGUCCAGGCACCUGUGAGACAAGUGGGCUCAUUAAUUCUAAUGGGACUUGCAUAUGUUGAAAAAUUACCAGUACUGACUGACUUAUGAUACUGACCUAGGAAAAGGUCGAGUAUUCAUUAUCUAAAUUUAAAGAGCAAAUUUGGGAUUAUUUAUCCUCAUGGCAGCAGUUUGGAGAGGAUUAUUUAUUAUAUUUAUACUGAAUUAUGCAUUUUUUAAUAAAGACUUAUAUAUG